AUGACACUGCAGGAUAAAGCUGCAUCCAUACGAUUCUUCUGCGAAGAACUAGAAGAGGAUCUCACAGUUCAACUAGCAAAACAGUUUCAAUUGAAUCCCGUAUCGACGGAUGAUAAUGAAGUGUCAUUGAUUGCACAAGAGACAGUCGACCUGAUUGCACGCAAUGUCGUGGGCCGCCAGACGCUUUUUGAGUCACCGUUUGGUGCCCGGGCGUUAUGUUACGCGGAUUUUACAGCGAGUAGUAAACCUUUACAAUGUAUUGAAGACUAUUUAAAUCGAGAGGUUAUGCCAUUCUAUGGGAAUACCCACACGACGGCAUCCAUAACGGGUCUCCAGACCACUUGUUUUCGACAUGAGGCACGACAAAUUGUCGCACAAGCUGUUAAUGCCAAGAUAACGGGUCGUGGAGCUGAAGAUUGUGUAUUAUUUACAGGACCAGGAAGUACCAGUGCAAUCGUCAAGCUUAUACAAGUACUUGGGCUCCAUCAAUUCAGUCUGACGACACCACUUGACCAGCGACCCAUUGUCUUUGUCGGACCCUUUGAACAUCAUUCAAACUUGUUACCAUGGCGGGAAAAUGCAGUGGAAAUUGUAAUGAUACCAGAGAAUCAAGAGGGAUAUAUGGACCUGAAAGCACUGGAAAUGCAGCUGGAGAUUUAUGCAGCGCGGCCACUGAAAAUUGGCGCGUUCUCGGCUGCAUCGAAUUUGACAGGUGUAUUGACCGAUGUUGAUGCAGUGUCGGCACUACUGCAUCAACACGGUGCGUUGGCGUGUUGGGACUAUGCAACAUGUGCACCGUAUGUAGAUAUCGACAUGAACCCUGUUGUAACGGACGAAACGCAACGCCCUUUUGUGUAUAAGGACGCUGUCUUUAUCUCUGGGCACAAGUUUAUUGGUGGACCCGGUUCACCUGGUGUGUUAAUUGUCAAGAAGCGUCUACUGACGAAUGCAGUACCGACAGUCCCGGGAGGUGGUACUGUCUUCUUUGUCACGGAGAACGAUCACCGCUAUCUGUCGAACCGUGCAGAGCGUGAGGAGGGUGGUACUCCCGAUAUCUUAGGCAGCAUUCGUCUAGGACUCGCGUUUGAACUCAAACAGCGUAUUGGGACGAAGAAUAUCUCGAUUUUGGAACGACGUAAUGUGCUGUGCGUUCGUGAAUCGCUUCUGCAGAACAAGGAUAUCGUGCUGUUGGGACACCACGGCAACGAAGUGGAGCAGAUUCCUGUGUUUUCGUUUCUGGUACGCUUUGGUGACCGCUUCCUGCACUACAAUUUUGUGUGCGCACUUCUGAACGACCUGUUUGGUAUCCAGACGCGAGGUGGCUGCCAGUGUGCUGGUCCAUACGCUACUCGCCUGCUAGGUCUUGAGCGUCGUGAUGUGUUGGCGCUUGAAAGAGCACUUAUUGAGAAGAAGGAAUUGUUGCGUCCAGGUUUUACGCGGAUGAGUUUUCCAUACUUUAUGGGCACAGCGGAAAUCGAGUACGUGCUAACAGCAGUAAACUUUGUGGCUUCUGACGGCUGGAAGUUCCUGCCACAGUAUAAGUUUGACCACAAGAGCGGUGUGUGGAAACACUGGUCUCGCUUUACGAAAUUUCCUGACCGCAAGUGGAUUUCUCACUUUGAAACGACACUGGAGAACAAGACCCGUUCCAAGAUUCUUGAUGAUAGUGAUGAAACGCUAGCUGCUCAUCGCUCAGAAAACUUGAUGGAAGCUCAUCGAUUGGCGAACGAAGCUAGUGAAAAAAGUGUUUCUGCUCAGGCGGUGGCGGCGUCUGCUGCGCAAAUGCUAGAGGAGGCGGAUGAUGAGGCACUUCGAUGGUUCGUAUACCCUGCCGAGGCGGCCAAAGCUAUCAAGAAGGGAGAGAAGCCUGUGAUGUCAGAGACUAUUCGAGGUCCUUUCCAGCCUGCGCGUUAUAUCACGGGUGAAUUGAAGGACCAGUGGAAGGAUACUACAUCCAUGGAUAUGUCUACUUCUGACGCUACGUCUGCCGCGGUGUGUGGUCUACCGACGUGCUGUCCUGUUCCACCAAUACCAGCUGCUGUGAAGAAUAACAGUAAGCAUGCAAAGACAUUUGUUGGUACCACCGGUCGUGAAGCGGGAGGCAAGUACCCGCUCCGUUCGACGAUUGCCAAUGGUACCAUCGACGCAUCAGUUGUUGCACAGGCUAAUGCAAAGUGUAGACCUGACAAUUGCGACACAGGCCGCUGUGAAGGACGCACGGCUCCGUCAUGUGCAAUUGGCACGACUGCAGUAACAGUACAGGAGACUACGAAGACAAUGACCGAAAAGACAAUCACAACAAAGCUAUUCCCGACACCUCCAAAGAAACUUCUACGAUGGGUGGGGCAAGCAAUGAUGCAGUGGGACAUGAUUCAAGAGGGUGAUCGACUGUUGCUAGGUGUGUCAGGUGGCAAGGACUCACUGAGUCUGCUUCACGUACUGCUGACAUUCCAAAAGCGUGCUCCCGUUCGCUUUGAGCUUGCUUGUGCGACAGUGGACCCACAGACCCCUUCAUUCGACCCGAGCCCGUUGAAAGAAUACAUGCGUGCACUGGACGUACGUUACUAUUAUCUAUCGGAGAAUAUCAUUGAGCGUGCAACGUGUGAGAUGAAUGGUGACUCGCUGUGUAGCUACUGUUCACGCAUGAAACGUGGUGUGCUGUACACAUGCUGUCGUAACUAUGGCUACAAUAAGCUCGUACUGGCUCAGCACCUUGAUGAUCUCGCGGAGAGUUUCUUCAUGUCUGCCAUGCACAAUGGUCAAUUACGUACUAUGAAAGCAAAGUAUUGGAAUGAUCAACGGGAUGUCGAAGUGCUUCGUCCAUUGGCCUAUGUGCGUGAGGUGGACUUAAAGCGGUUUGCGUAUGAUUCAUGUUUGCCCGUGAUUAAUGAAAACUGUCCCGCGUGUUUUGAAGAACCAAAGGAGCGUCGUCGAGUCAAGAAGAUGCUUGCUCAAGAGGAGAGUUUGUAUCCAGACAUGUACAAUAGUUUACGACGUGCUCUAUUACCACUCAUGGAUGAUGCUAGUUAUGCACCAUUAGAGGCCAUACGGACUCGUGUCGAGCAAGCGAAACAAGAACGUAAACAAAGAAUUGUGAGCAAAGGACGUGAGAUCACAAAGGAAAAUAAUGAUGAAGAAGAGAGAGAGAGAUGA